AUGUCUUCUUAUGCCGUCACCGGAGCCUCCAAGGGCAUUGGCCGUGAGUUCGUGCGCCAACUCGCUGCCGAUCCAACCAACACCGUCCUGACUAUUGUGCGAAACCCCGAAUCGCCCGACAUCUCUGAGCUUGCCUCUAAUCACCCUAACGUGCACGUUAUCCGAGGUGAUGUCACGGACCCAAAGUCCAUUCUUGAGGCUGCCUCGGCCGCAGCCGCCGUCACAGGCGGCACGCUAGACGUGCUGAUUCACAACUCCAACGCCGUGGACAUCGCCAGCAUAUCGUCCAAUCCGACCCAGAUUCCCUUUGAUGCUGAAGCCGUCCGGAGAAUCUUCGACCCGUCGCUCAGUACCGCUAUCUACGGCGGUUUAUGGACGACAAAUGCCUUUCUGCCCCUGAUUGAGAGGGGCGUCCAGAAGAAGAUCGUGCACAUCUCCAGCGCUAUGGCGGAUCUGGAUUUUAUCAACAAGUCUGGUAUUAGCUAUGCCGUCGCGUACGCUGUCGCAAAGGCCGGGAUGAAUGUCCAAAUCGCCAAGUACGCCGCAGAACUUGCGCCUCGAGGCAUCAAGGCGUUGGCUUUAAGCCCUGGAUGGGUUGACACGUGGGAAGGAGAGAAACCCUCUCAGGUGGUCGAAGCGGACAAUGUCAUGCUGAAGCAGUUUCAGGUGGUUGAGCCUGAUUGUAAGGGGCAGAUACAGCCUGAGGAGAGUGUGAGAAAGUGCCUCCAGGUGAUUGAGCGUCUGGAUGCAAAGACUACCGGCUUGCUUCUGAGCCAUAAUGGAGAUCAGGCAAAGUGGCUUUGA